UUGACGAACAAUUGGAUGGACGAGGAUGAGAGGCCUAUAAUUGUUUGUUUCAUUUGUCAUGCAAGACUUAAUCGUUGCAGAAGAUUACAACAACAGGCUAUUGCGUCAAAUGCAGUUGUGGAGCAGUUGCUUGCAGGAGGGUCCACGUCAACACCACUACCGCACGAGAAAAUGGGAAUCAUAAAACAGAACAGUACAGUGAGAAAAAUAUAA